CGAUUGUCACACAUCUGCGUUUCGAUAACCGUCAGCGGGCGCAUCUCUGUUAUUUUUCACAAAAAAAACAAUUAUUCAGGAAAACAACACUCAUUUGUUUGUUUAGAUCGAAUUGCAGCGGAAUCCAGAGCGGUUUUUGGAAUUAGAAAGCCCUAGAGCGAAGUCCCUCGAGAAUGUCCUGGCAAAGUGUUCCCCAGUACCCCCAGUACCAAGAUCCCAACCAACAGUACAACUAUGGCGGCGGCUAUCCGCCCCAGGGAGGAUAUGGCGGAGGAUAUCCGCCUCAGGGAGGCUACCCACCGCAAGGACCGCCGCAGGGCUAUCCCCCGUACGCCCAGGGAGGAGCCCAGCCCUAUCCACAGCCCUACGGGCAGGGUCCUCCCCCCGGCGGCUAUGCCCCCCAGCCGGGAUUCAUCCAGCCACCACCAUCGGCCGGCGGCUAUGGGGCCUACGAUGAUCCGGAGAGCCAGCCCAAGAACUUUUCCUUCGACGACCAGAGCAUCCGGCGCGGAUUCAUACGCAAGGUGUACCUGAUUCUGAUGGGUCAACUCCUUGUCACCUUUGGAGCUGUUGCCCUGUUUGUGUUUCACGAGGGCACCAAGAACUUUGCCAGGCGGAACAUGUGGCUCUUCUGGGUUGCCCUGGGCGUGAUGUUAAUUACCAUGUUGUCCAUGGCCUGCUGCGAAAGUGUGCGCCGCCAAACGCCGACAAACUUUAUAUUCCUGGGACUAUUCACAGUAGCUCAAUCGUUCUUGAUGGGAGUUUCGGCCACCAAAUAUGCGCCUACCGAGGUUCUCUUGGCGGUGGGCAUAACAGCUGCGGUUUGUCUGGCUCUAACACUCUUUGCCUGGCAGACCAAAUACGACUUCACUAUGAUGGGCGGCGUGCUGAUCGUCUGCAUGGUGGUGUUCUUGAUCUUCGGCAUUGUGGCCAUGUUCAUGAAGGGCAAGAUCAUAACCCUGGUGUACGCUUCGAUAGGAGCGCUGCUCUUCUCCGUUUACCUCAUCUACGACACCCAGCUGAUGAUGGGCGGCGAGCACAAGUACUCCAUCAGUCCCGAGGAGUACAUCUUUGCGGCGCUGAACCUCUACCUGGAUAUCAUCAAUAUCUUCAUGUACAUUCUGACUAUAAUUGGCGCAUCGCGCGACUAAGUUCCGCUCUUUUUCCAAAUAUUAUGUACAGUUUAACCAGGUUAGGACUAUUCCUGAAUACGAAUAUUGUUCGCGCGUAAUCUCAUUGGUAUUUACAGCCUCACCGGGUGGAGGCAAUCUACAACUAACGAAUUACUCAACUACUUACGACCUAUCUAAUUCGCAUUGUGUUUGCCAAUUUUCAAUUUCCUUAUAGUUCUAAAUGUCAGUUAAAUGAACUUACUUGUUUUGUUUCUAUUUACGUAUUGCCUAAGUUGAGGUCCAAGCAUUCAGGAUUCUUCAAAAUUCCCAAAAAAAAAAGUAUGAUAUAUGUAUACCAAAUGAUAUGCCAUUCAGAUACACAAAACCACAAAAAAAUAGUCACGUAUAAGCAUAAUUAUGUGAGAAUAUAUAAGCAAGAUGGCUUGCAGUUGUUAAAAACAUAACAUUUAACCGUGUGUAAUAACCAAGGAAUCCCGAUUUUUGCAACUAUUAAUUGUAAACCGUGCAGCGACACUGAGUUUAAAGUCAACAAUAAAGCGCAUCUAUUUAUUAAA